AUGAGCAGAUGGCAGAGCCUCACGGAGAUCCGGUCUUGCCAGCGGCUCUUGAACUCCUACUCUGAGUCCUUCCAGUGGCGAUUGGCCCUCGAGCUCUUGCGCCUUCUGGGCCCGAUGGGCAGCGAUGGGCUGCGCGCUGAUGUGAUGAUCUUGAACUCGGUUCUGAACGUGUGUGGCAAAUCCCAGAGGUGGCCGGAGGCGCUGCAGUUGUUGGGAGACAUCUUCCUUGCGACCCUCAAGGCAACGAGUGUCACCGCCAACACAGUCUUCGGCCUCCCCACCGGCUGGGCCACGGCGCUGGACUGGACGCGAGACGGUCGGCGCCCCAUGGACGUGGUGGGUGGAAUCAGCUUGGUGGGCCGCUGCGGAUGGCGCGAGGCGCAGGAGCUGAUCAGGAGCAGCCUUGGCGGCUCUUUGCAAGUGGACAUCGUGCUGAUUAGCGCUGUGAUGAACCAAUACCAAAAAGUCGCCCAGUGGAGGACUGCAGUUGCUCUGCUGGAGGAGUCCGCCGGCCUCCACCUGCGCCGCUCCGUGGUCUCCAUGGGCAGCGUCUCCGCUUCGAGUUUCUGGUGGAAAGCGCUGGAGACGGUGGAGCGCACUCGUGCCUUUGGGAUGUCCUGCAGCGCAGUGACCUGCGGUGGCCUAGUGAGCGUUUGCCAUAGGGCUUCUGCCUGGACGGAGGCACUGGAGCUCUUAAAGGUGUCGUGGUCGCCGGUGAACGCCAUCGCCCGCAACGCUGCGCUGAGCGCCUUGGGCGGCGUUGGGGCCUGGCGCCGGGCGCUCAGCGGCCUGUGGCAGAUGAAGGCCACUGAGGUGAGCUACAAUGCCGUCAUCAGCGCUUGUGCCACAGCUGGGGAGUGGCUGUGGGCCUUCCAGUUGCUGGAGCACCGGUCAGCUUCCUCGGGUCUUGGUGCUUCGGAUGUGGGUCUGAAUGCUGCGCUGAACGCUUGCGAGAAGUCCACUUGCUGGAUGCAGGCUUUAAGCCUCCUGAGCAGCUAUGAAGCUUCGGCAGAUGUCAUCUCUUACAGCUCUUGCAUCAGCAGUUUGGAGAAGGCUUUGCAAUGGCAAAAAGCCUUGGAACUCUUCCUUGGCAUGGAAGGCCGAGAGAUUACACGGAACGUGAUUUGCUGCAAUGCUCUCAUCAGCGCCUGCGAGAAGUCAGAGCACUGGUCCAUGGCCUUGGGGGUUUGUGCCGCUAUGGACGAGCGGCAUUUAGAAAUGGACUUGAUCUCCUGCAAUGCCUCCAUCACGGCUUGCGGCCUCCACUGGCGCGUCGGCAGCCGCCUCUUGUCUCUGGCACAACGUCGAUCCUUGGAACCUUCCGUGAUGACUUGCAACGUGGCAAUGAGUGCUUGUGAGAAGGCCGAACAGUGGCAGCAACUCUUUGUGCUCUUAGACAAGCAAUUGGAGCCGAAUCUCAUUACGUACAAUGCCGUGUUGAGCGGCUGCGCCCUGCGAUUCAGUUCUUUGGCCUGGUACUGUGCCAUUGACGUCCUCCAUCAGAUCAGCGCGAGGCGCUUGGAGGCCAAUGCCUUGACCUACCAAGAAGCCCUCCGCAGCGCCGGUUCUCCGUUUCAAGGCGCUUCAGGCCGCGUCCUGCUGGACAAGCUCCGAAGAUUUGCCAUGCAGGAGCUCGCGCGGGAUCGAACACCAUGGGGGCAAGGCUGA